AUGGCCGAUUCUUCAAAUAACGAAAAAGCUAAACCAUUAGCUGAUAGCAAACUUACUCUUACCAUUUUGGAUCUUAUUCAACAAUCAAACAAUUUAGGCCAAUUAAAGAAAGGUGCUAACGAAUGUACCAAAGCCGUUUCACGUAGUACUGCUGAAUUUGUUGUUUUAGCCGCUGAUGCUGAACCAUUAGAAAUUUUAUUACACAUUCCAUUAUUAUGUGAAGAUAAGAAUAUUCCAUACGUUUUCGUUUCAAGCAAAUCCGAACUCGGUAGAGCUUGUGAUGUUUCAAGACCAGUUGUUGCUUGUGCUGUUACUGUCGAUGAUAAGAGUCAAUUGAAAUCUCAAAUCACUAACGUUAAAGAUUCAUUAGACAGAUUAUGGAUCGUUUAA